AUGGACAAGGUCAGUAUUUCAACGCCCCUCGACGCGGAUCAUGAAGUCGGUCAUGUCGAAAAGACACGCAAGAGGACGUUGGGCAAUGUCCGUCUCCGCCAUCCCGAAACGAACGAGAUCAUCUUGAUCCCGACCCCUUCUUCGGACCCAAAUGAUCCCCUAAACUGGCCACAGUGGUACAAGUACUGGAUGGCAGCGGUCAUCUGUUUCGCCAUGAUGAUGUGCAAUUUCCUCGCUGCUGGCCCUUCGAUUGCCAUGCUCCAGAUCGCCAUGGACUUCUUCCCGGGGGCUCAUCCCGGCAAGAACCCUGGGCUUUUUGCUGCAGCGGUGGCCAAGGUUUCUUAUUUCUUCACGACCACCGCCUUGCUCCAGGGUCUAGGCAACUUCGUCUGGGUCCCCAUCGCCAACAAGUACGGCCGGCGACCAACGUAUGUGCUGAGUUAUGCCAUGUACUUUGCCACAGCCAUCUGGUGCAGUUUCGAGCACUCGUAUGGUGGGUUCCUUGCCGCCCGUAUCCUGAUGGGCUUCGCAGCAGGCGCCGCUGAGACUGUUGCACCCAUUACCAUCGCGGACCUCUUCUUCCUGCAUGAGCGCGGCAGUGUAAUGGCCUUUUACAGCUCCUUUCUUGCCGUCGGCGCGGCACUCGGCCUGAUAGUCUCGGGGUUAAUAACCAUCCACAACCACUGGCGCGUAAUCUUCCAAGUCGCCUCCGCCCUGAUCGGCCUAGUCCUCCUCAUCGCAAUCUUUGCCUUCCCGGAAACAGCCUACACCCGCAACCCCCCUCCCCCCUCAACCAGCACCACCUCCCCCGACCACUCCUCCUCCUCCUCGAAAACCCCAACCCCCAUCACCACCACCACCACCACCACCACUACCCUCCCAACCGACCCCGAAACCCAACCCCCCCAAAAGAAACGAACCCCCUACCUCCACACCCUCCGCCUCUUCCCCUCCUCCCCCCUAACCCGCGAACCCCUCCCCCUCCUCCUCCUCCGCCCCCUCCUCCUCAUCACCCUCCCCCCCGUGCUCUACACCUCCCUCGUCUUCGCCAGCACCAUCGGCUUCCUCGUCGCCCUCACCUCCAACGCGCAGCUCGCCCUCUCCUCGGCCUACGGGUUCACCUCCUGGCAGGUGGGGGUGUGCUUUGUGGCGGCGGUGCUGGGGGCGUUGGUGGGGAUUCCGGCUGGUGGCAGGUGGGGGGAUGCGGUGGCGGAUUGGUUUACGAGGAGGAAUGGGGGGGUGAGGGAGCCUGAGAUGAGAUUGCCUGCGAUGGGGGUUGCUGGGGUGGUUGGGCCGGUGGGGUUGGUGGUUUUUGGGGUGGGGGUUGGGAGGGGGGUGCAUUGGAUUUUGCCCGUCGUGGGGAUUGGGUUGUUAAACUUCGCCAUCGUCCAGGGCACCAACGUGGCGCUCGUCUACGUCAUCGACGCCUACCGCCCCGUGGCCGGGGAGAUCACCACGACCAUCAUGGCGUUUAAGAGCCUGUUCGGCUUCCUCCUCUCUUUCUACACCAACCCGUGGGUUGCCGAGGCCGGCUACCAAAACGCGUAUGGCGUGAUGGCGGCCAUUGCGGCGACCGUGCUACUCGGAUGGGUGCCGCUGUUCUUUUGGGGCAAGAAGAUCCGCCAUGCCACCUGGCGGUGGAAGGUUAUUUCGUACAUCCACUGGAGCGACGACCGCGAAGUGGGCGAGUAGUUGGUGGAGGGUUAUCGCGUUGGUGCCAUAGUUUAUCCAGGUGCUUAAUGGCAUUUCUUUCUUCCUACUUGGGAGUGGG